AAGAAAAAUCAACCGAAGAGUAUAAAUGGGUAGGAAAAAAAAGAAUAGAGGUGCAAAUAGAAAUACCAGACAAAAAGGUGAUAAUGAAGUGACUGUAAGACGUACAGAAAGGAAAACCUAUGAAGAAGCUGAAAAGAAGAAUGAAACCUUUGAGAAAUAUUAUAAGGAUCAAAAUAUAAUUUCUGAUGAAGCGGAAUGGAAAAAGUUUAUGGAAGUUAAUGCAACAAUUCUUCCAACAGCAUUUCGAAUCACAGGAAGCAGACGCCAUGCUUUUGAAUUAAGGGAUUUAAUGAAAAGAGAACAUAUACCAAAAUUAAUUCAAAUUCAACUCGAAAUAGAUCAAAAAUCUGAACCUAUAAAACCAUUACCCUGGUAUCCAAAUGAACUUGGGUGGCAACAUUCCGCUUCAAGAAUGACAAUUAAGAAAGAUCCAAUAUUCCAAACAUUUCACAGAUGGCUUGUUGCAGAAACUGAAGUAGGAAACAUAAGUAGACAAGAAGCUGUUAGUAUGAUCCCACCCUUAUUGUUAGACGUUAAACCUAAUCAUUGGGUUCUUGACAUGUGUGCGGCUCCUGGGUCAAAGACUGCUCAAAUUAUCGAAGCUAUUCAUGCUAAUGAUGCACAAGAAAUUGGGAUUCCAUCUGGUAUUGUUAUUGCGAAUGAUUCGGAUUCAAAAAGAAGUUAUAUGUUAGUUCAUCAAACGAAACGAUUGAGAAGCCCAUGUUUAUUAGUCACAAAUCAUGAUGCGCAACAUUUCCCGAAUAUUCAUUUAAAAAAGAGUUCCCCACCUGUGCAAUUUGAUCGAAUUUUGGUGGAUGUUCCGUGUAGUGGAGAUGGAACUAUGAGAAAGAACUUGACAAUAUGGUCAAAUUGGAAUAUUGGAAAUGCAAUUGGGCUUCACCCAACCCAGGUAAAUAUUUUACUUCGUGGAGCACAACUCGCUAAAGAAGGAGGUCGUCUUGUGUACUCCACGUGUUCGCUUAAUCCUUUAGAGAAUGAGGCCGUGGUUGCAGAAGUAUUACGACGGUCAAGAGGAAAUUUAAUACUUGUAGAUGUGAAUGAUCGCUUGCCUGAAUUGAGAAAAGUGCCUGGAAUGACAUCAUGGAAGGUGAUGAGUAAAGAAGGAAGUUGGGUUAGCUCAUUAGAUGAUAUUAAUCCAAAAUAUCGAAAAAAAUAUGCGAAAUCACUUUGGAUGCCUCCAGACGUUGAAAAAUUAAAUUUAACAAGAUGUAUAAGAAUAUAUCCUCACCUUCAAGAUACUGGAGGAUUUUUUAUUGCAGUUUUUGAAAAAAUAGGCAUAAUAAAGGAUGUUAGUGUACUUGAUGAUACUACAUCGAAUGAUGAAAACGGAGGAGAAAAUUCAAUAACAGAAAGUGUUGAUAAUGUUGAAGCUGAUUCCACAACUAUUAAGUAUGAAUGCAAUGACGAUGUUAAUGACAUAGAAGAAAUGAAUCAGGAUGAUUCUGUUUCUACAAAAAGGCCUUCAAUCACAAAUCAGUCUAUUAAAGGAUCACACAAACGAAUAAGAACAAAUGAAAGUACGACAACUUUUAAAUCUAAUUGUGAGAAUGAAGAAGAAAAACCAAAAGGCAAGCAAACAGGAGAAGUUUUUAUAUUUUUGGGGUCAGAUAAUGAAGAUAUACCUUUAAUCAGAGAAUUUUACGGAUUAUCAGAAGAUUUUAAAACUGAUCAAUUACUUGUUCGAUCAGAGAAUGAGAAAAAUAAAAUAUUGUAUCUCGUAUCAGAUUCAGUAAAACAAGUAUUAUCGGCAACAGAUGUACACAAAUUAAGGCUUGUGAAUACGGGAAUAAAAAUAUUCACAAGACAAGAUACUAACGAACCCGUUAAGUGUCCAUUUCGAUUUAAUGCGGAGGGUAUGUAUACAGUAUAUCCUUAUUUAUCCAAUAAAAGAGUCAUAAAUUUUGGAUUGAAAGAGGUAAGAAUUUUAUUAUCGGAACCUACGCCACUUUUUGAUCAGUUUGAUGAAAAAAUUAGAGAACAAUUAGAAUCAUUUGAAAUAGGGUGUAUCGUAGCAUAUAUCGAUCCAUCUCAAGAGGAGGAAAUAGUGUUUCGUACAAAGGUACCCAUUGUAUUACCUAUCUGGAGAGCACAUAAGUCGUUAAAUUUGUUGUAUCGAAAGGAGGAUCGAAAGUAAUUUUUUUCUUCUUAUACUUAAAGCAUGAUGCAUCAAACAUUUUUAUCAUUGAAAUUUUUAUUUUACUAAAUAGAGUGUUGGAAUUACGGGUUCAAAGCUAUUUUAAUGAAGAGAAAUAAUCGAGUAUCUAUAAUAAGAAUUUAUUGUGAACGUAUUUAUAAAAAAGCCGUGUUUAAGUCUCGUGCUGAUUUCUUUUUGAUAGAUCCUAAUUCAAUUUGCAAUAAAUAAAAAAAAAUUUUGAAA